AUGGGACGAUAUCGAAGAAAGAAGAUGCAUAAAGGGGACAAGCCAUUAAAGGAAAAAUAUCGCACAAAGCGGAGGACUCGAGAUCUGGAUCUCAUCCAUGAUGACAUGAAGGUGCCGAGUUCACUCCUCAAACAACAGGUGGAUCUGGAUAAACCAGGUGCUGCCCAGUUUUACUGCCUCCACUGCGCGAAGUACUUCAUCGACAACAAGGCUUUAACUGGUCAUUUUAGGACUAAACCCCACAAAAGAAGAUUGAAAGCUUUAGAGGUGGAGCCCUACAGCCAGGCCGAGGCCAACAGAGCUGCAGGCAUGGGUUCCUAUGUAGCCCCAAAACAAGUGUCCGUGAUACCUCAAGAGAAGAUGAUUGUGGCUGGGAAUGAGGACACAUCUAUGAAAUAA